AUGCGCUCCCAAAUCCGCCUCCUCCUGGCGCUGCUCUGCGCGGCCCCGGCGGCUCCGGCUCCUCCUCCUUGGGAAGCGGCUCGGAGAGACCCAAAUCCAUGGAUUUGGGAGGGCGAUUCCCAGUCCCCGGCGCUUUCCCAGCAGCAUUCCCAGAUUCCCGUGGAAGUGCAGUGCCAGGAAGCGCAGCUGGUGGUGAUCGUGCACCGGGAUUUAUUCGGGAACGGCCGCUUGGUCAGCGCCGCCGAGCUCAGCCUGGGUCCCGCCGCCUGCAAAUAUUCCCGCUUGGAUCCAUCCCAAAAAACCGUCACCUUCAGCGCCGGCCUCCACGAGUGCGGCAGCACCGUCCAGGUCACUCCCGAUUCCCUGAUUUACCGGACGCUCCUGAGCUACGAUCCCAGCCCCGGCAGCAACCCGGCCAUCGUGCGCAGCAGCCCGGCCGUCAUUCCCAUCGAGUGCCACUAUCCCAGGCGGGAUAACGUCUCCAGCGGUUCCAUCCGUCCCACCUGGGCUCCCUUCAACUCGGCGCUGGCGGCCGAGGAGCGGCUCCAGUUCUCCCUGCGCCUCAUGAACGAGGACUGGAGCUCGGAUCGGGAAUUCUCUCCGUUCCGCCUGGGGGAGGUUCUGCGCAUCCAGGCCGAGGUCGGCUCCGGGGGCCACGUCCCGCUCCGGCUCUUUGUGGAUUCCUGCGUGGCCUCGCUGGGCCCCGGUGCCGGCAGCGAGCCCCGCUACGCCCUGAUCGACUUCCACGGCUGCCUGGUGGACGGGCGCUCAGAUGCCACCGCCUCGGCCUUCGUCACCCCCCGUCCCCGGCAGGACAUGCUGCGCUUCCAGAUCGACGCCUUCCGCUUCGCCGGUGACGCCCGCAGCCUGAUCUACAUCAGGUGCCACCUGAAGGUGACGCCGGCAGAGCGCAGCCCGGACGCGCUGAACAAGGCCUGCUCCUUCAGCAAGGCGCGCCAGGCCUGGGCGCCCGUGGAGGGGACAAGGGACAUCUGCGGCUGCUGUGAGCUGGGAGAGUGCGGCAGAGAGGAGAUGGCCCGGAACCGACGGCCAGCGGAACCAUGGGAUGGCCACCGGUACCGGAGAGACGCUGCCACCUCCGAGGCCGACGUUGUCCUUGGGCCGGUGCUGCUGUCCAGUGAGCAGCGGGGCCAGCGCCCGCAGAGCCACCAGGGCGCGGUGACGCCGCUGGCCCUGGGGAUGGCGCUGGCCGCAGCUGUGGCCACAGUGGUGGUGGCCGGAGCCGUGCUGGCCAUCGGCCUGAGGCGCCGCAAUUCCCAGUAAAUCCCAGAAUUCCCAGGAAAUCCUGGAAUCCUGAACAAAUCCCAGAACUCCCAACAAAUCCCACAAGGACCAACGAAUUCCCAGUGAAUCCCAGAAUUCCCAGUAAAUCCCACAGGGACUGACAGAAUUCCCAGUAAAUCCUGCAAGGACCAAGGCAAUUCCCAGUAAAUCCUGGAAUUCCCAAGAAAUCCCACAAGGACUGACAGUGUCCGAGGGGUGGCUCCGGAUAGGAAUCCCAGGAACGGGGCGGGGAAGGUGACAAAUCCUGUCCCGGUGUCCCCAUUCCCACUGUCCCCAUUCCCAGUGUCCCCGAUCCCAGUGUCCCAUUCCUGAUGUCCCCAUUCCAUCCCAGUUUCCCAUUCCCAAUCCCAGUGUCCCCAAUACCCCCAAUCCCAUCAUCCCCAUUCCCAAUGUCCCCAUUCCCAUCCCAAUGUCCCCGAUUGCAAUCCCAAUCCCAAUAUCCCAAAUCCAUUCCCAGUUUCUGCAAUCCCAAUGUCCCCAUUCCCAUUCCCAACGUCCCCAAUCCCACCAUCCCCAUUCCCAAUGUCCCCAAUCCAAUCCAAUCCCAGUGUCCCCAAUCCCAGUUUCCCAUUCCCAUUCCCAAU